GCUUUCGGCCGCUGACAGCAAAAGGCUGCGCCGCGGCUCGGGAAGCCUAGUUCACUCGGUUGUCGCUUCUCUUCUGACGCCUCAGACAACAUGGCGGCUGAGAGUGCUAGCGAUUCGCAGCUGAGGAGAAGAAGGCGCCGGGACCCAGAGGGAUCAGAAAAAACGGAAUUUAGCGAGCGAGAACCGGCACUGGCAGUGGCGGGGAGCGAAGAAAAUGAGGACGAGAAUGAAGAGCGCUGGGUCGGGCCUUUACCGGUAGAGGCAACACUUGCCAAGAAGAGGAAAGUUCUAGAAUUCGAAAGAGUCUAUCUUGAUAAUCUUCCCAGUGCGUCCAUGUAUGAGCGCAGUUACAUGCACAGAGAUGUUAUCACACAUGUGGUAUGCACCAAAACAGAUUUUAUUAUCACCGCCAGUCAUGAUGGGCAUGUUAAAUUUUGGAAAAAAAUAGAAGAAGGAAUUGAGUUUGUUAAACAUUUUCGUAGUCACCUUGGAAUUAUUGAGAGUAUUGCAGUUAGCUCUGAGGGAGCAUUGUUCUGUUCUGUUGGUGAUGAUAAAGCAAUGAAGGUGUUUGAUGUAGUGAACUUUGACAUGAUCAAUAUGCUGAAGCUUGGCUAUUUUCCUGGACAAUGUGAGUGGAUAUAUUGCCCAGGAGAUGCCAUAUCAUCAGUUGCUGCUUCUGAGAAGAGUACAGGAAAAAUUUUCAUUUAUGAUGGUCGAGGAGAUAACCAGCCACUUCAUAUUUUUGACAAACUCCAUGUAUCCCCUCUUACUCAAAUAAGACUAAACCCAGUUUACAAAGCAGUGGUGUCUUCUGACAAAUCCGGAAUGAUUGAGUACUGGACUGGACCUCCGCAUGAAUAUAAAUUCCCUAAAAACGUGAGCUGGGAGUAUAAAACGGACACAGAUUUAUAUGAAUUUGCCAAAUGUAAGGCAUAUCCAACCAGCAUUUGCUUUUCACCUGAUGGGAAGAAAAUAGCAACCAUUGGAUCAGACAGAAAAGUUAGAAUUUUCAGGUUUUUAACUGGAAAACUCAUGAGGGUCUUUGAUGAAUCAUUAAGUAUGUUUACUGAACUACAGCAGAUGAGGCAACAACUACCAGACAUGGAAUUUGGCCGGCGAAUGGCUGUGGAACGUGAGCUGGAGAAAGUGGAUGCUGUAAGGUUAAUUAAUAUCGUUUUUGAUGAAACUGGACACUUCGUGCUGUAUGGAACAAUGCUGGGCAUUAAAGUAAUAAAUGUAGAAACAAAUAGAUGUGUGCGGAUCUUAGGCAAGCAAGAGAACAUUAGAGUGAUGCAGCUGGCUUUGUUUCAGGGAAUAGCCAAAAAGCAUCGAGCUGCAGCUACCAUAGAGAUGAAAGCUUCGGAAAACCCUGUUCUUCAGAAUAUUCAAGCAGACCCAACAAUAGUCUGUACAUCUUUCAAAAAGAAUCGAUUUUAUAUGUUUACCAAACGAGAACCAGAAGAUACAAAAAGUGCAGAUUCUGACAGAGAUGUUUUUAACGAGAAACCUUCUAAAGAAGAAGUCAUGGCAGCUACUCAGGCUGAAGGGCCCAAGCGAGUUUCAGAUAGUGCCAUUGUCCACACAAGCAUGGGGGACAUUCACAUCAAGCUUUUUCCUGUGGAGUGUCCCAAGACUGUGGAAAACUUCUGUGUUCACAGCAGAAAUGGUUAUUAUAAUGGGCAUACAUUCCACCGCAUAAUUAAGGGCUUCAUGAUUCAGACAGGAGAUCCAACAGGUACUGGUAUGGGGGGAGAAAGCAUCUGGGGAGGAGAGUUUGAGGAUGAAUUCCACUCAACAUUACGACAUGACAGACCGUACACACUCAGCAUGGCCAAUGCUGGAUCAAAUACAAACGGAUCCCAGUUUUUCAUAACGGUAGUACCAACACCUUGGCUUGAUAAUAAGCAUACCGUGUUCGGACGAGUGACUAAAGGAAUGGAGGUUGUACAGAGGAUUUCCAAUGUUAAAGUCAAUCCCAAAACCGAUAAGCCUUACGAGGAUGUCAGCAUCAUAAAUAUCACUGUCAAGUAAACUGUUUUGUUACAUUGACAAGUAAAGGGGAUUUAUCAUAACACAAGACUGUUUCACAUUUGGAAGUUUAAAACUUCCUGAAUAUGUAAAUCAUGUUUUAAAAGAAACCACGCUGUAUUUUUAUAUUUUUACUUAAAGGCCAUUUUUUAAAAACUGCCUUUGAUUUUUUUUUUAUUGGAAUAUUUGUGAUUCUGAGGGGUGGCAAAUUGAAAUACACUAAAUUCAGGCAAAUAACAUUCUUUUAUUGGUAAAUUCCAUUAUUAUGACUCAAAUUUGGUAUUAUAUAAUGGAUUAGCACAUAUUCUUUUUCAAAAACAUGCUUUUAGUUUUAGUGAUGCUUAAAAAAAGAUGAAAAGGUAUACCUUAAUAAUGCAUCCUUUCAAAUGGAAGUGUCAAAUGACUAGUAAAAAUCUGCUUUUCCUAAUGUAACUAAACUAUCUAGUUACAGCGUAAUUAAAUUUUUUUAAAUUUAUUUGUUGUAUGUAUGUGAAUAUACUGUUGCUGUCUUCAGACACACCAGAAGAAGACAUAAGACCCCAUUACAGAUGGUUGUGAGCCACCAUGUGGUUGCUGGGAAUUGAACUCAGGACCUCUUGGAGAGCAGUUGGUGUUCUUAACCUCUGAGCCAUCUCUCCAGCCCAUGUAAUUAAAUUUUAAAUAUACCAUUGAGAACAAUAAAGUUUAGUAUCUGACAGUAGAUAUGAUUACUAGAGAAAGGGUAGCUGAACCCUGCCUGCAGUGGCUUGUGCCUGCAUGAGAGGUAGAGGCAUAAUGGAGUGCAUAAUGCCAGAUAACAAAUAAACAGGUUUAAAGUCUGUAAUGAUAUUCUUCUUCCCUUCCCUUUGCGAUAACUGACUGCUAACAACUGAUACUGGCUGAUACUGAUACUGAGACAGCCUCCUUGAGAAACUUAGAGGGGACAUCUCAGCAGAGCUGCUUUAGGAGUCCUGCUUCCACCACUGAUCAAUAGCAUUUCAUUUUGUAUGGAAAGGAAACCUACAAGACUGAAAAGUCCGUCUAAAUGUGCCUUACAAGCGAAGUGAGCUCUCCUUUUAAAAAUAAUUUGAGCUUACUCCAUUAAUAACUUUGUUACAUUUACCAUAUUUCUUAACUACACUUAUCUAAUCUUGCUUUAUCUAGUCCUAAAACCAUAAUGUAAAAUUUUAGUAAUAAUGCCAUCAAGUGGUAAUGCCUCGCUCCUCAAACAUUAAGUAUAUCACUUUCAGUGAAUAAUCGUUUGCAACUAAUGAAAUUUGUUUUCAGAUCAUUUUAUUUGAAAUAGGAACUCAUGUAUCCCAGUCUGGCCUCAAAGUCUCUAUGUAGCUAGUGAUCCAAGUGAUAGGAUCACAGGCACAUACCAUCAUGCCCAGUUUAUGCAUACUGCUGAAGCUUCAACCCAGAACCUUGUGCAUAUUACCAAGUAUUCUACCAACACAGUCUCAUACUUAGUCUGUUUUCUUCUGGAUUCUGUAUACAGGUGGAGGACAUCAGUCUUCACUGUUACCAUCUUGUAAAAUGAGAACUUAAAUAUUUUUUAGUAUUUAGACAAGUUAUUCAAGCUCACCAAAAUGGAAUCUAGGGUUUUGUUAAGCCUGCUCUCUACAACUGAGCCAUAUCUCCAGGCCAUAAAAAUCACUGUAAUUACAGUAACAUGUAAUGGGCUGUGUAAAUGGUCAUUUUAAAUGUUCUUUGUUCUCCUGUGAAACAAGGUUAAAUUUAAAUUAACUUUGUAUAUUUGAAAAACUCAGGGAUUUUCAUUCUUGUUUUUGUCAACAAUUCAGCUUUUCCUUCACAAGUUUUAUUUUUAACCUUUUGUGUAUGUUAACUAUAUAUAGAAUAACUUAUUUCUAAACAUUUGCAUUAUCAAAUAAAUCCUCAAAUAUGAUAGGUAAGUCAUUCUCCAGUCUUAUGUGUUUCAGUUUCUUUGAGACAUAGCACAAAUAAUAAAGUUUUUCACUUUUCCUGUGCUAGGGAUCAAACGCAGAACUUUAACCUUGCUAGACAAGUGUUUCUACUAUUGAGCUAUGCCCAGUUUUAAUAAUGACUUAAGUUGUUAACUAGCAUGAUACUAGAUACAUGAUUUAUUAAGCAAGUUUUAGAAUAACAGAAGUCGUCCUUAUAACUUAAACAUUUUAUUGCUUUCUAUACUGAUCAUAUAUGUAAGUGCAAAUAAUGGCUUCUGGUGGCUAUAUAUCAUUUCUGAAUUAGACCAGAGCUAUAUACACUUGACAUACCUAUUUUACAUAUUUCAUACAGUAAUAAUUAGAUAUAAUAUAGAAAUUCAAGUUUGACAUUUCCCUGAAGAAACUAGAAUCUUAACAAAUGACUCCUCAAAGGAUAUGAGUAUGCACAGUAAUAUGAGCACACCCAAGAAAAAGUAACACAUAAACACUAUAGUAUAUCUAACAUCACAGUCGGAUUUAAGCACAAUUUUAAAAUUAGCUUAGUUAUAGUUUAAUGAACUACAAAGUUAGUGAAAUAAUAAAAUUCAUAAUUUUUGAGAAAAGCAAGUUCACAUUUUAGUGUCAACAUAUUUUCAGUUACCUACUACGGAAACAAUUCAAAGUCUCAGAAUAAAUGCAACAUAUUUAUUUUUCACAGUUACUAAAAUCAGUCAAAUAUUAAAUAACUUAAUUACAAAGUAUUACAUAUGCAUACAAACUAGUAACAGUG